UUAAAAACAGAAUGAAAGCACGUGUUGAGUGAAGAACACGUGACUAACAGUUUCGGCGGGAAGUCAGCAGCGCAGUAAUAGCACGUGUGUAGCGUGAAUAUAACAUGAUGUUUCUAACCUCAAUUUCUAUAUUCCACAAAUAAAAGUUUAAAAUGUUAGAAGAGUAUUUAUUAAAACAUCACCUAGUGGAACUCGAAGAGAUUUUAGAUAACGCAGAUCCUAGUUGCUACUACUCUAUCUAUAUAAACUUCGUAUCGCUAUUCGAGGAUAAUGCGGAUGUAGCACAGAAAAUUUUACGAUAUCCUAGAUAUUACUUACCAUUCUGUGACGAAUCGGUAGUGACAGUACAAGAAGAAAUAGCAAAACCAGAACAAAUUAUUAAAAAAAGGGUUCGUAUUAGAGUCACUGCUGUGCCAGUCACACUGGACCAAGGACAAAUUGGCCAAUUAGUUUCAACAAGUGGCAUCAUUGUUAGGAUCUCCCAACCAACAAUAUUAAAAACUGUUCAACGAAUGAAUUGCAAAAAAUGUAAACAUGUUACUUUUAUUAAAUAUGAGUGGGAAAGACAGGCUUUUGAAGAUAUUACAGACUGUGAAGCAUGUCAUGCACCAAAGCUCACAGCUCUGCCGGGUUUUGAGCUAGACGAUUCCUCAGAUUACCAGGAAAUAGGAGUCCAAGAAAAGGGUAAAAUAGACUCAAAUAAAUCGUUGACAGAGGAACUGAGAAUUAUCUUGCUGGAUGAUUUAGUUGAUAGAUGUAGGCCAGGAGAUCAUGUUGAGAUUAGUGGUGUUGUGAUAAGAAUAUGGGGUCCCUUAGAGGUCGGUGAACGUUUAGAAGCAACAACUAUGAUGCUAGCGAAUAGCAUUGUAGUACGACGCAAGAUAUCCGAGACCUCUUCUUCGCAAGAGAUGAGAGAUGUUUUUAAGCGUUAUUGGGAAAAGUAUAGCGAUAAUCCUUUGCUUGGUAGAGACAAUAUUAUCACAUCUAUUUGUCCACAGCUCUAUGGCAUGUAUACUGCAAAAUUGGCGUUAGCUGUAGUUUUAGCUGGUGGCGUGCCAAAGUGUAACGAAAGCGGAACACGUGUACGAGGAGAACCUCAUCUUCUUUUGGUCGGUGACCCUGGAACUGGCAAAUCCCAGUUGCUUCGUGCAGCAUCUCGUUUAGCUAUAAGAUCGGUUCUUACGACCGGUGUUGGAUCGACUGCAGCUGGUCUCACAGCAGCUGCUGUCAGAGAUUCAGAGGGCUGGCAUCUAGAAGCUGGAGCCCUAGUAUUAGCCGAUGGAGGAGUCUGCUGCGUAGAUGAGUUCACAACCAUGAGUUCAGAAGAUAGGACAUCCGUUCACGAGGCUAUGGAACAGCAAACGAUAUCAAUCGCCAAAGCUGGGUUAGUUAGCACGUUAAACUCAAGAUGUUCAGUGAUCGCAGCCAUUAAUCCAGUUGGAGGUCAGUUUACCGAUGAUGAAGAAUGGGAAACGAAUUUAGGUGAUCCUCUUUUAUCUCGUUUCGAUUUAAUCUUGCUUUUGAAAGACAAUAGAAAUGCAGGAUGGGACCGGUUGACGUCCGACCAUAUUCUGAAGGCUGCUUACGAAAAGAAAGAGAACACUAUUCAAACAGACUCGAAAAAUCACAUAGAACUUUUAAAUACCGAAGACUUAUGGAAAGAGGAUACAUUGCGAGAAUACUUGGCCUACGUGCAUUCUUUACAACCGAAACUAACAAAAGAAGCGGAAAUGGUACUUCGAGCGACUUAUCUUUAUCACAGAUCUCAUCCAGAUAGGAGGGAAGAAAGAACAACAGUUCGACUUUUGGACAGUCUUAUUAGACUAGCCGAAGGACACGCUAGAUUAAUGUACAGAUCGGAUAUAGAAAUUAUGGAUGCUAUAUUCGUAGCGAAAUUAAUCGGAACGGGAUCUACGGACGAGAUCAAUCUUAGUUAUUCAUUUCCAAUAGAUCCAAUUGCAACGUAUCGAUCUAAAGGCAAAAUAUUGUUGAAGACUAUUGGUUUACAGAAUCUGGAAAAUUUAUUAUAAAUAUUUAUUAUGUUAAAUGGAAAAAUUUUUGUGCUAAUCAUUGGUGUGAAAGAGAUCUCCUUUUUUAUGAGCAAACUAAAUUUUUAUUUAUCGCUUUUCUUUUCUUUGCUUCUUACAUAAGUAAAUGUACCAGUGCGUAUUUAUAAAAUUUAAAUAACAUUUCUUUCUUACUUUUCUUUUUUUAUACAAAACGAAGUCAUUUAUUGUUCAUUGCUAUACAAUGAAGGUAUGUAAUAAUUAUUGCAAUCAAUUUAAACAGUAUUAUAUAUGUAAAAAUAUAUUUAAAGAGCACAA